CGUCACUCCCGGAAGUGAUGCUUGGUCACCAGACUUGAGCAAAAACAACAACAUCGGCCGAACCUGGACCAGCGAGGCCUCGGACGAUCCUCGGACCUGCGCCCAGCUGAGAGCGAACGGGAAGCCCGCUCAGAUGUGGAUCCAUCCGGAGGAAGUUCUUCUGGCCGGAGCGCUGUGGGUGUCAGAGCGGGCCAACCCGUUCUUCAUCCUGCAGAGGAGGCGAGGACACGGCCGUGGCGGGGGGCUGUCCGGUCUGCUGGUGGGAACCCUGGAUGUGGUUCUGGAUUCCAGUGCCAGAGUGGCACCGUACAGGAUUCUUCUGCAGACCUCCGACUCUCAGAUCUACUGGAGCAUCGCUUGUGGCUCAUCCAGGAAGGAGAUCACCGGCCACUGGGAAUGGUUGGAGACCAACCUGCUCCAAACUAUCUCCAUCUUUGAAAGUGAUGAUGACAUCACCACGUUUGUGAGAGGAAAGAUUUGUGGCAUCAUCGCCGAGGAGAGCCGGCUGAAGAACGAGCCGGAGGCCCCAGCAGACGAGGACUGUGGAAAGUUCCGGGAGGCCGAGCUGAAGAUGAGGAAAUUGUUUGGGAUGCCGGAGGAGGAGAAGCUGGUCAACUACUACUCCUGCAGCUACUGGAAGGGUCGCGUCCCCAGGCAGGGCUGGAUCUACCUGUCAGUCAAUCACCUGUGCUUCUACUCCCUCUUGCUGGGCAAGGAAGUGAAGCUGGUGGUGCAGUGGACGGACGUGACGCAGCUGGAGAAGAAUGCCACGCUACUGUUCCCGGAGAGCAUCCGCGUCAGCACGCGGCUCACUGACUACUUCUUCUCCAUGUUCCUCAACAUCAAUGACACAUUCAAGCUGAUGGAGCAACUGGCUAACAUUGCCAUGCGGCAGCUGCUGGACAAUGAGGCGUUUGCCGCCGACCUUUCACUGCCCAAACCCUGCAAGACGCUCAAGAACGUCUCCUCACUGAAGAGAGAUUUGGAUGCGCGAGCUAAGAACGAGCGGUAUCGGACAACGUUCCGCCUGACUCAGGACGAACGACUGGACGGUCACACAGACUGCACUCUCUGGACGCCCUUCGCCAAGAUGCAUGUCGUCGGUCAGCUCUUCAUCUCAAAUAACUACAUCUGCUUCAAAAGCCGUGAAGAAGACCUGUGUCAGUUGAUCAUCCCGCUCCGAGAGGUGUCCGUCGUGGAGAAGGCAGAAAGUAGUGGCGUCCUUCCGUGUCCGGUGUCCAUCAGCACCAAGACCAAGAUGAAUUUCCUGUUCGCCAACCUCAAGGAUCGGGAUUUCCUGGUCCAACGAAUCUCAGACUUUCUACAGCGGACCCCGGAUGGCAGUCGUGGCGACCCCUUCUCUCUGCGUCAGGCUGCUCAUGAGGUGACCUCUACUGUUCCGGGUGGAGCACUGUCAUCCCAGAGGGGACGCCACUUCCAUCCUGACUUGCCGACUGCCACCCAGAGUCUCCUGCAGCUGUUCCACCGGGACACGCCAGAGGACCUCCGGCCCAGAGCUAUGAAGGAGAAGAUGAAGGAGGAGGCCUGGAACAUCCACUUCUCCGAGUUUGGCCGAGGAGUCUGCAUGUACCGGACCUGCAGGACCAGAGACCUGGUGCUGACUGGGAUCCCUGAAUGCCUGCGGGGGGAGCUGUGGAUGCUGUUCUCAGGGGCUCAGAAUGAGAUGGUGUCCCACCCUGGUUACUAUGCCGACCUGUUGGACCAGGCCAUGGGUCUCUGCUCUCUGGCCACGGAGGAGAUUGAACGAGACCUUCACCGCUCCAUGCCCGAACACAGAGCUUUCCAGAAUGAGACCGGCAUCGCCGCCCUGCGACGCGUCCUCACGGCCUACGCACACCGCAACCCCAACAUCGGAUACUGUCAGGCCAUGAACAUUGUGACGUCGGUGCUGCUGCUCUACUGUACAGAGGAACAAGCGUUCUGGCUGCUGGUGUGUCUGUGUGAACGGAUGCUUCCCGACUACUACAACACCCGAGUCGUUGGGGCUCUGGUGGACCAGGGUGUGUUCGAGGACCUGACCCGGGCCUUCCUCCCGCUCCUGUCGGAGCACAUGCAGGAGCUAGGCGUGAUCUCCACCAUCAGUCUGUCCUGGUUCCUGACGCUCUUCCUGUCCGUGAUGCCGUUCGACAGCGCCGUUGUGCUGGUCGACUGCUUCUUUUAUGAGGGAAUCAAGGCCGUCUUCCAGGUGGCCUUGGCGGUUCUGCAUGACAACAUGGACGCCCUGCUGGCGUGCAGCGAUGAGGGCGAAGCCAUGACCAUCCUGGGCAGGUACCUGGACAACGUGGUGAACAAUCAGACUGUGGCGCCGCCCAUCCCCCACCUCCACGCCCUGCUGACCAGUGGUGAGGAGCCACCGGUGCAGAUCGACAUCUUUGACUUGAUCAAGUCCUCGUACGAGAAGUUUGGCUCGCUUCACGCUGACGUCAUCGAGCAGAUGAGGUUCAAGCAGAGGUUAAAGGUCAUCCAGUCGCUGGAGGACACGGCCAAGCGGAGUGUGGUGAGGGCGAUGAUGAGCGAGUCUGCGUUUGGUAUCGAGGAGCUGGAGGAGCUCUACUGCCUGUUCAAGUCCAAACACAUGACCAGCUGUUACUGGGGCCCCAGCAGCUCUGCAGCCCAGCGCCACGACCCGAGCCUGCCCUACUUGGAACAGUAUCGCAUCGACCCGGUCCAAUUUGGCCAGCUGUUUGCUGCUCUGGCGCCAUGGGUCUGUGGGGACCAAACUCUCACGCUGUCGGCCCGGCUGUUUCGGAUUCUGGACCAGAACCGUGACGGGCUGGUGAACUUCAAGGAGUUUAUUACAGGGCUGAGUGGAAUGUAUCACGGAGACAUGACAGAGAAACUUAAACUGCUGUACAAACUACACCUUCCUCCAGCAUUGUGUCCUGAGGACGCGGAGUCGGCCCUGGAGGCGACAAACUUCUUUACCGAUGACCUAACAGCAGAUUCAUCCUGUACGGACAGUUUGCCACAACAGGAAGUGAGCCCAGGUGAGGUAGAGAAGCUUGCGGGUGGCGAUGGUGAGAGAGUCCAAGACUACAAGUUCUACCUGAGAGUCUGGGCAGAGGAGAGGGAGCCCAGGAGGGAGACUAUCAAGGACCUUCCCAGGAUGAACCAGGAGCAGUUCAUAGAGCUGUGUAAGAGUUUGUACAACAUGUUCAGCGUGGAGCGGCACGAGCAGGAUCUCUACCACUCCAUCGCCACAGUGGCCAGUCUACUGCUGCGCAUCGGUGAGGUCGGCAAAAAGUUCAGCAACAAGAGUGACAGUGGCCAUGCCCAGCCCCCUGGUGGGGGCCAGCAGGAGGGGGACGCCGACAGCCAACUGUGCCGGGACCUGGCCGAAGCCCAGCUGGAGCCCACAGAUGAGGAGACUGGAGACGACUCACCGGCGUCCUCCUACUCGCUGGUGAGCUCGGGUUCUCUGCGCGGCGAUGACGUCACGGACGACCCGGUGCCUGUGACAGACGAGCCCCGGUACGGCAGCGUGCUGGACUCCAGCUGGUCCAUCUCUUUUGAGCAGGUUCUUGCCUCCAUGCUGACCGAGUCACCGCUGGUGGACUAUUUUGAGAGGAAAGGAGACAUCCGGUCCAAGAUGGCAGCCUGUCACCAGCAGCAUGGGGCAGAGCGUCAGACCAGCUACGACUAUGAAUCACUCCAACUAGCUGAAUGACCUCUGACCUAGGGCCGGACUUUUAAAUCUGUGAAAUAACAGUCACCACAUUUUUUUUUUACUUUUAAUUGUGGACGUCCUGUCCCACCAUGAUUCCAUCGACUUAACCAAUCCUGUUGUGUGUUCAUGCUUUUGUUCACACAAUAAAAGGGCAACGCCUCA